UCAAGGACGAGGAGUUCCGAGGCGUGAUGUGGUCACCAGCGUGGCAUACAGCCGGGAGGAGACGAUGACAGGGGAGACGCCAUAUCUUGCCCUCGGUUGAUCGCCCCAAGUCGAAAGCUGAAGGAGGGAUUCCGCAGCCGACAAAACUCACCACUCUUAUGCGUAAGACUGAGAACGCACUGUACUAGUAUCGUAAAGAUGCAGUAUCAAGGCAACAGUAAGGAGGUGAGGACCCUUUUGUCUAGGUCUCAUAUGUAUGAUGCAGCAGAUAGAAGCCUACAAUGUAUAAAUAGCAAACACGGUGAAAAAGCACAGAACUGCACAGAAGUCUUUGAACCUCAAACUUCUUACUCAUUGACCUUGUCGAAUUUUCUUCUCGCUUUUAGAAGCAGGUUGGACAUCCCAUUUGCUUCCCAGAAUGUCGUCCAUGACUGGUUCUCAAGGAUGGCAACGCAGUGUCAAACGACAAUGCAUUUGAUAGCAAAGACGACGAUGGUACUGGGCUUACAGUCCGGAAUGGCAAGCUCCUUCGUGAAAUACCCCCGUUCACGGUCUCCGCGAGAGUCCCAUGACGAACGACGCCCCCUGACGGCUGAAGCCGGCAUGCUCGCCCAAGACCGCAUGUUUUUUUCGUGUUUUCCAAAGGUUUUAGAACACCAAAACUGAUGCGACAUAAUGAUGGCAUGGCUUAGUAGACCUUCUUCUUCUCGUCGAUGCUGAACUGGCCCGGACCGCUGUUAACGAGCAGCAGAAGGCCGCCAACAAUCGACAGAAUCUGGAAGAAAUCGUACUUGGCAAAGUCCUUGUGGGGGUGGUGCUCAUGGAGCUG